GCAUAUCGUGGCAUCAGCCCCAAGGAAUGCAUGUUUUCCGAUCGCGAAGACAUGACUUCGCCGGACGCUAAGCAUCUGACAUUUGUCCAAAGCAGUUGCCCGGUGGACGAGAUGAGUGAAAUAAUUGAUCCAUUGGCCAAUGUCAACGAAGAGGUUUACUUUUCUAAGUUCAAGACAUUCCGCUUUGGCAACCAGUCAACUGUAUUCGCUCACUGCACCGUGCAGGUUUGCCUCACCACCGAGGAAUGUGCCCAGUGGCAGAAUCACUGCGUCUUAAUAGCACUAAAAGUUUCGGGCAAUUUUGGUGAACCGACUUUGAAACACGGUUCAAAUGCAAUUGCUAGUUCGGUUGCAGUGAAUGGUCAGGCGGUCGAGCAGUGCAUUAUCAGGAAUGCCUUUCUGCCUCUACCCAUCUAUGUACUCAUCCUGUUUCUUUCAAUGCUUUCGGUGGUUUGUCUCGUUGCGCUGGUAUUCACAUUUAAGAAAUUGGCUGCUUACAAGAAGCUAGCACCGUUCAGUUUUGGUAUUUACAGGUGA